CACUGAAUGGGAUGGAGAAUCUUCUUAGUCAUCAAUACUUUAAAUCAGAGAACAAGACGGAGAUGUACUCGGAUGUUUUCACUGUAAUAUUACCGUCAGUACACAACACAAACAUCACUGAGCCUGUCAACUUUACCAUCCAACAUAAGCAGAAAGUACCUGAAGCUGGAAUAAUGACUUGUGUGUUCUGGGAAGACAAACGCAAGAACAAAGAAGAACAACAGAAGGAUAAUGGAGGGAAAGAGGGGGAAGCGCUGCGUUGGUCUGUAGAGGGCUGUUGGGUUGCAUACUCUGAUGAAAACUACAGUGUGCAGCUGCUCUCACCUCUCUACCUUUGCCCUCAUCAUGCAGAUUGGGGAGCCUCCACCAGAGGAACCUUUCUUAGAGUGGCUGAACCGGGUGUGUGUGAUUAUCGGACUAUUCUUCUUUGCACUGGCCAUCCUCACCUUCCUCCUGUGUAGCUGGAACCCCAAGAUCAACAACACGGCCCGUCUUCACCUCUGUAUCAGCCUGGCCUUGUCUCAUCUACUGCUGCUGUGGAAUGACAGAUAUGUUGAA